AAUUUUCUUUCCCGAAAGGUACAAUACAUUGUUGCUUGUUUUUGAGCUCCCUACACAACCACUUGCCCUUUCACUUUAUUGUUUUUACUCUUGUUGCUGCUGCUGCUGCUAGCAUUGAUGCUGUUCUAGUUAGAAUCCAAUUCCCGAAGAAAGAAGGAAAAGGAAAGUUCACUUCUUCCAGGUUACAUGGAAGAGGGAGAUGAGUAUCGUCGUUGGGAUGAAUUGAUACCAGAUGCCCUUGGGCUAAUUUUCCGCAAUCUUUCUCUCCAGGAGAUACUAACCAUGGUCCCAAGGGUUUGCAAAUCAUGGAGCAGAGCCGUUUCAGGGCCAUAUUGCUGGCAAGAGAUCAACAUUGAGGAAUGGAGUACUAGGUGCCAUCCUGAUCACCUUGAUCGCAUGCUUCAAAUGUUGAUCACGAGAAGCUGUGGAUCCCUCCGCAAACUCUGUGUCUCUGGACUCCACAAUGAUACAAAUUUCUCAUUCCUUGCAGACCAUGCUGGUUCCCUCCAGACAUUGCGGAUUCCGAGAAGUGAUAUUAGUGAUUCGAUAGUUGAACAGAUUGCUGGAAGGCUUUCCACUGUCACUUUCUUGGAUGUGAGCUACUGUAAUAAAAUUAGUGGGCGUGCUUUAGAGGCAAUCGGAAAGCAUUGCAAAUUGCUUGUGGGGCUGUGCCGGAAUAUGCACCCAUUAGAUACAGAAGGCUUGGAAGCCCAAGAUGAUGAGGCUUAUGCCAUUGCCACCACGAUGCCUAAGCUGAAGCGCUUAGAAAUGGCUUACCAUCUUGUUAGCACAGAAAGUUUAUUGCAGAUCCUUUCAAGCUGUACAAAUCUUGAGUUUAUGGAUUUGAGAGGAUGCUGGAAUGUGAACCUUGAUAACAAGUUCUUCAAGGAGAAGUUCCAAAAACUGACAGUAUUGGGGCCUCUUGUAAUGGAGGACUAUUAUGAGGCAAAUGAUUGGGAAGAAGAUUGCUCCGAAUAUUCAGAUGAUUCCGAUUACUUGGCCUGGGGAUUUUUAGCUGGUGACGGGGGAGACUAUGACGAUGACGAGAGUUAUGAUGAGAUGUGGGAUGAUGAGGGAAGGCUGGAGGAACUUGAGCUCAGGUUCUAUGAAGGAGCAGAUGCUGGACUGUACGGUUGGCCUCCAUCUCCAUAGGUUCAGUUUCCACUCUUAUCUUAUUGUUCACUUUUCCUGUUUGUAGCACUAAAUACCUCCACCUUCAUGCCGUAUGGAUAUAACUGUUUCGAUAGGGAUGAAGUUGUAUGCUUUAUGUCACCCCCUUGUUAUCUGAAUUUUAAGGAAAAGCGACGUGUUGCAAAUUUGCAAUGA